GACGCAGAACGCCAGAAGUAAUGCGUGAGUGGUUACUCUGCACAUGUGCACAGACUAGCAGAAGAAAGGGACAGACUCACAGGAAAUCAGUGAGAAUGCAAAUACACAGUGCGUGUGGGAGUGAGACACACAGAGGGAGAGGGAAAUGUCUGGCCUGAGAUACAACAAAAGCCAGAAGAUUCCAGCCAUGGAGCACUGCAGGCUGCACCAGUCCAGGGAGGAUCAGUGAACCUGCGAGGAUCACACUGGGAACCAGCGCAGCAGCCACUGGUCGCGCUUCCUGCUCCAGCCGGGAUCACAUUUACCAUCUACUGUAUUACCAGAACACUUGUUCGUACCUCACGAUGUUUUCCAUAAAACAAUCUAAACCCACAUUUAGAUCCUACCUCCUGCCACCUCAGCAUGAAGAUAAACUCAGCCCAGAAACCAAAAUUAAAAAGCUGAAGCCGGUGCUACUGCCAGGUGAAAUUGUGGUAAAUGAAGUGAAUUUUGUCAGAAAAUGUAUUGCAUCUGAUACAAGCCUCUAUGACCUGUGGGGGAAGCUGGUUUGCACCAACUUUAAGAUUUCAUUUAUUACAGAUAAUCUUCUGCCAUUCCAGAAAUUUCACUAUAAGAACCGCUUACUGGGUGAACAUGAUGUCCCACUAACUUGUAUAGAGCAAGUUCUUGUAGUAAAUGACACAAAGAGAAAGCAGAAGAUCCUCUCCUCAAAUAAGAAACUAAAAUUUAACCCCACAGAAUUAAUCAUUUACUGUAAAGACUUCCGCAUACUUCGAUUUCGCUUUGAUGAAUCUGGACCUGAAAGUGCAAAAAAGGUUUGUCUUGCAUUAGCACAUUAUUCACAACCAACAGAUCUCCAGCUACUUUUUGCCUUUGAAUAUGUUUCCAAGAUGUAUCAUAAUCAAGCUGAUAAAAUGAAUGGCAUAGAUCCAGGAGGAGGAGAUAUUGGCCUGAAGACUCCAUUGUUUGAAACGUACUCGGACUGGGAUAGAGAGAUCAAAAGAACUGGAGCCUCUGAUUGGCGAGUUUGCUCAGUAAAUGAGGGUUACAUGAUUUCAAAAUGCCUACCGGAGUAUUUUGUCGUCCCCUCCUCUUUGGCAGAUACGGACCUAAAGCAGUAUUCAUAUUCAUUUUUUGGAAGACGCAUGCCACUGUGGUGUUGGAACCAUUCUAAUGGCAGUGCAUUAGUGAGGAUGGCCAGCAUCAAGGACCUGUUACAGCAACGCAAGAUUGACCAACGUAUCUGUGGCGGAAUAACACGCAGUCACCCUCUAAGGAGCGAUGUUUACAAAUGUGACUUGGAUCACGGCCUGCCAACUAUCCAGGAUAUUCAGGCUGCAUUCAGCAAGCUCAAGCAGCUGUGUGUGAAUGAGCCAUUUGAUGAAACAGAGGAGCGAUGGUUUUCAUCCCUGGAAAACACACGGUGGCUGGAGUAUAUCAGAGCAUUUCUGAAGCAAGCAGCUGAGCUUGUGUACAUCAUUGAUUCCAGGCAUCUCUCAGUCAUUAUACAAGAAGAGGAAGGUCGGGAUCUCAGCUGCCUGGUGGCCUCUCUUACUCAGCUGAUGUUGGAUCCUUAUUUCCGGACUAUUGUUGGGUUUCAGAGCCUUAUACAGAAGGAGUGGGUCAUGGCUGGGUAUCCGUUUCUGGACCGCUGCAACCAUUUGGGGAAAUCCGAUAAGGAGUGUCCCCUGUUUGUACUAUUCCUGGACUGUGUUUGGCAGCUGUUGGAGCAAUACCCAGCAGCUUUCCAGUUCACAGAGACCUACUUAACGGUGUUACACGACAGCACUUGCAUUUCGCUGUUUGGAACAUUUCUGUUUAACUCUCCCCAUCAGCGAGUGCAGCAGAGUACUGAGUUUGCAAUCGGUAAAAAUAUUCAGCUAGGAGAUGAAAAAGGUCUGAGAUUCCCAUCUGUCUGGAACUGGUCUCUGCAGUUCUCCGCAAAGGACCGCGCACUAUUCAUUAACCCCUUGUAUAUUGGGAAGUGUGUGCCCAGUGUUCAGAAUGGUUCCACAAAAUAUUUUAAGAGGACAAAGAAAAACUACAGUUCUACGUUACGUGGGAUGCCACCUUCUUUGAAAAAUGGUAUUAUUGCGAAACCAGAAUUCAUGCCACGCAGGAAUUCCUUGAUACUGAAACUAAAGCCUGAAUUUGUUCACCAGGCUCCAGCCAUCCAGAACAAUGGACUAGAGCAAUAUCUCAAAGACUGGUUUUCUAAGCCGGCAGACUUGCAUGGAGUGAUCUUACCAAGGCUGCAUGGGCCACACAUAAAGCUGUGGAAGCUCUGUUACCUUCGCUGGAUCCCGGAGGCACAAAUUAACCACGGUGGUUUCAUCACUGCCUUCCACAAAAUCUCCCUGAUAGCAGACGAGAUCGAAAUGUUACAAACAAGCCUGCGUCAGUAUAGAUGUUACCCUCUGUCUCAGGCCACAUCCCCUGAUGGUGAACAAAGCAGAAUGUUUUUCAGAGCCGAUGACCUUCAAAGCACCUAUGGAAGUUUGGACUUUCUUUCCUCCUCUUUCCCUUUCUCGCCAGUAGGGAAUUUGUGUCGUCGAAGUAUAUUGGGUACACCGUUAAGCAAGUUUUUAAAUGGUGCCAAAAUUUGGUUAUCCACAGAAACACUUGCCAAUGAGGACUGAGGAUUGUUGAGAUAGUAGCAGAUUGCUUAGGUACCGGUAUGAUUUCCAUUAAUAGAACCAAGUGCUGCAAUUUGUAUCUUUAGCUAUACACUGACUUUUAUUUAUAAUUGUUUUUCCAAGGGCAGGGUUUUGCACAUAUUCAGUAAAAAGACAAAAUAAAAGGACAGAUUUAUGCACAGCAUUUUAUGGAAAGGCAGUUACAUAACUUACAAAUGUUGCAGUCCUACAUAACCUAAAACGUCAAUGUGUAGUUGUUUGAUACAGAGAAGGGUAUAAUGCCAUGUAUAUUUAAAUGCUAAAACAAAUCCCUAACACAGCUGUAGCUCCUCUCCUGCUAUCUUACCACCUUAUUUAUUGGCUUUAAACUUUUGUACAUUACAAUUUAUGAAUGAGUUUUUGUGCAUUCAAUACAUACAGAUGUGUCCACUUACAUCUAGCCUCCCUGCACAAGCAGACUCUGCUGAUUAAAAUGAUGUGCAGCAUGCCUAUAAUCUGUGUGUGACCGCGGCUGUAUCUGCGUACCAAAUGCUAUGCUGUAGUGUUUUCCUAUAAAAUACUAACCCACCAUUUCAUAUACAAAUACAGGCGCAGUCACACAGUGAUAUGCCACAUAGAAUUUUAAUCAGCAGAGUCUGCUUGUGCGUUUUAUUCGCAUAGCAAUGCGAAAAGGACACAUUUCUGGCAAAAAAAGAUGCCCGACACUAGCUGAGUUGCACAGAACCUGUCGGCUCACUCUCGCUGCGUGGCGUAUUGAGUCAAGCUGUAUGAGGACACAUCUGUACACAGCUUGCAGUCAUUACAGUUUCUUUUUUAUAAAUUAAACUUAUCAGUACAUUCCUCCACUAGCUUCACAAAGGCUAGAACCAUACUGUAGUUUGCGGUUAUCCAGAGUAUAAAUUUUGGCCACUGUAACUCAAAAUUCUAAAAGUGAUUCACACUGGAAUAUGUAAAUCAUGGACCCCAAAACCAUAUAUGAGGAUGACCUCAUGCAAAGAGCUUGGUCUAAUAGCGGUUUACUGUACUCCUGUUUCUAUGGUACCUUUAAAAGCCCAGUGACUGCGGCUGCAGUAGACCAGCAGUAAGCUGCAUUUAUGGCCACUGAUUGUUGCAAAUGAACACGCUGUGUAUAAAUCCCAUUUAAAUUAAAUUACAUCUGCAGAAAAGGGAAAACAAUAGAGAAUACAUUUCCUUAGGAAUAUAUACAGUAUCUCCUGAAUUUAAUCUAUUGUCUUCUUGAAAAUGCCAUGUUGGACUGCACCACAGUAUAUUCACUAUUUUGUGUUGAAUUUCUUAAGGUUGUAUUUAUUGGACAUGAUUAACUUGUAGAAUGCUACUUUGGGAGCUAGGGGAUCAAAUCACUUGCUUUGUUUUCUAGAUUUGUUGUUGAAAGGUUCUGUUGCGCAUAUAUAUAUAUAUAUAUAUAUAGAUAUAUAUAUAUAUAUAUAUAUAUAGAUAGAUAUAUUCCAUUACAGAUAUUUGGCAAGUGAAUUAUGAAUGUGAUUCGGGUGGUAUUCAGUAUGCCGGAUGUUGGGAUCCCGGCGCUCAGUAUACAGGCGCCGGAAUCCCGACACCCGGCACACCGACAAAUAUUCUCCCUCUUGGGGUUCCACGACCUCCCUGGAGGAAGAAUAAACCACCGCGCCUGCAGCGUGGCGAGCGCAGUGAGCCCGCAAGGGGCUCAUUUGCGCUAGUCCAGCUGUUGGUAUGCCUGCGGUCAGGAUCCCAGGGCCGGUAUGCUGGCCGCCGAUAUACCAUACUACACCCUGUGAUUCUUCUUCUAUAGGAUUUGGGCAGCUUUCUCCAGCAGAGUUGAGGUCUAUGUAUAUGGUCGGACCUACAAUUUUCUGGGGAUACUGAAGUCUGCAUCUGAUUCAUGGAAAGUAAAUGGAACAUGAUGUGCACUGUUAGUCUCUGUUGUAGAUAAAUCUUAAAUUACAGAAAUAUAGUUGUAGAAGUGCCUUUUUAAAAACUUUAACUUAAGACUUGUAUAUAGUUUCAAACAUAGUAAACCUGAGUUAUUUUUGUUAUUCCCUGCAUUGACUGAGGGCUUUUAAUGAUGGAUGUGACUUAUUUAAAAUGCCAGUAGAAUCUCAUUGUUUUUAUUAAAGACUCUUAAUUGACUAAAAUGGCAA